AAAAAAGAAUAAUUUUGGGGUCAAAAUUUAGGGAAAAAAAAUGAAAAAAUGGAAAUGGUGUUAUCGGGAAAAGAAAACGCGGUAACGGUAAAGAAGGAAAAUUUCUCCACGGUGAAAGAAGUUAAGUUACAAGUUUAGCCUUCCCGUCUCGUCCCGUUUCCUGGUAAUAAACCCUCUUUGCUCUUUGCAAUUUCCCUCCAUUUCGCGCAUUCAACAGCUCUGUGGCGCCAUCUUCAAAAGCCCGAUCCGGUAAUUGCAGCAUGUAUCUGUAUUUGUGCAGAGGCAGUAGCUGCAGUACCUAUUAUUUUUGGCAGAAGUGAUAACUCGGACUUGAAAGAGAUGAAGUUCAAGGCUUUUCUUGCAGAGAAUGGUGUUAGUCUGUUAGAAAGGAGGUUCCUACCUGCCAUGGAAAAAAUGGGAAAGGUAUGUCAUCUUUUCCUUACCAGGGAUCAUGCUAUUUUCCUUCACAAUCUUCUCAAUGGGGACGGAGUUCAAUCCAUUGCUCAGUUCCGAAAAGAGGCUCUCUUUGAUGAUUAUCGCAUUUCCAGCCAGAAUGAGGACCGCAUUGCCUUUGCCAUAGACAUUUCUCUUCUAUAUCGUGCUGUUCGAAGCAGUGUCAGUAUUUGCAGUGAAUUUGGUAGUGGUGGACUAACUGCAAAUCGCCUACAGAUUAAAUUGGUGAAGAAACUUCCUCCAAACUGUACACAGCCAAUGCCUUUUCUUACCUUUGAAACUAAGGGUUAUAAAUCUGCAGUUAUUCAGGACAUACCAAUAUCAAAACCAUUAUCGAGAGCUCAAGUGCUGGAACUUCAAACUGCUCUUGAUAUGGCCCAAGAUCUGCCACAGACUUUGGUUCAAGUUCCAGACUUGAAUCAGUUGCAAAACUAUGUGGACAGGAUGAAGCAUGUUGGUGAUUUGCUAAACGUCUCUAUAAGCAAGUAUGGGGAUCUUCAUGUGCAAAUUUCAACUACAUUGAUCACAUUAGGUGCUGAAUUUCGUAAACUGUUGGUUAUUGGAGACAAAGCCCCAGCUCCACCUGAGGAUCAAAACUUAAGCGCUCAGACUCGGUCACAGAGGGCAAUUUCAAGGGGAGAUGCCCAAUCUGUGCAAGUGAGUGUAAGACACUUUUCCAAGAGUCUUCAAUGUCAUCUAGCCAAACCAGACACUGCUUUUUACGGGAUCAUUGCUGAGGGUGCUUGCUUGACUGUAAUAUUCCAGUUCUUUAUUCCAGGAACACACCAAACAGAUAAGUCAAUCAGUCUACAUUGUAGGCUUCCCGUGCUUGACCCAGGAUCAAAUUGAAUGAACAUUUGUUACCAAUUCAUGUAUGCUGUAUCUGAAUUUGGAAUGUGAUGGCAAGUUCUGUUCACUUUGAAUUGGGAGUUGGAAUUUCAAAUUUGCAAAAGAUCUUAAUUAUGCAAAAAUUGCAUUCCAUAAAA